AUGCCACGGCGUUCCAAGGACAAGGCUCCUUCGAGCAGCAGCAGCAACGAAGAUGCUCUUGAUCAUGUUGAGAAUAGCAGCAUAGCCCGGCGAGACCCCGCCACUACUUCAAAGAUGGGCGGCAAACAGAGCCUUUUCGACGAUGCCGGGUCGAGCAGCGAUGAGGACUCUGAGGAUGGCGGUGCCCAGCUGGCAGAUGACUCCUCAUCUUUCAAGAUCAACGAGGAGUACGCACGGAGGUUUGAACAUAACAAGAAGAGAGAAGAGCGACAGAAAUUGGAAGAGAAAUAUGGUAGAGACCAAGCCAAUGGCAAUGCGGCCGGCUCAGACAGCGAAUCCGACUCUUCAGACGACGAAGACGAGGACGAAGAGGCCUUCCUUCUCACCGAGGAGCUCAAUGCUCAGAUGUCUGCGGCACUAGAGGCCAUCAAGAAGAAGGACCCUCGAAUUUACGACAAGGAGUCCACAUUCUACAAGCCUCCAGAGGAAGACGACACUGCCGAGCCAAAGGAGAAGAAGGAAAAGCCUGUCUUCCUGCGAGAUUACCAUCGGGAGAGGUACAUGGCUGGCGACACUGGGGCUGACGAGGACGACCAAAAACCCAAGACGUAUGCCCAGGAGCAAGACGCGGUGAAGCAGACCCUUCUGGCUGAAAUCAAUGCAGCGGCCGAGGGCGACUCGGACGCAGACAGCGACGAUGACGGAUUCAUCAAGCGGAAGGAGCCGAAGGAGGGCGAGGCCCUUGGUGAGAACCAUGUGCACCCGUCCCGAGCUGCCAAGGUCCAACUCACCGAACUCGAUGUCAAAAAUGCCGACAAGGACCCGGAACUCUACCUCUCAAAUUUCAUGGCGUCGAGAUCUUGGGCUGAGUCUGGAUCCAAGUGGGAGGCCUUCGAGUCGGAUGAGGGCGAGCCCGAUGAUCGGGCUGAUGAAUUCGAGGCAGCUUACAACCUGCGCUUCGAAGAUCCGGACAAGAGCAACGAGGUCCUCAGGUCAUACUCGAGAAGUAUCACUGCGGCCAAGUCGGUCCGUCGCGAGGAGAAGACGGGCCGUCAACGGCAGAGAGAGUUGGAGAAGGAGAGGAAGGAGGCCGAGAAGCGAGAGAGACACGAGGAGCGUGCUCGAUUGCGCAAGCUGAAGGUCGAGGAGGCAGAGGAGAAGCUGAAGAAGAUCAAACAAGCUGCCGGUCUCAGUGGCAAGCAGCUCAACGAGGAAGAAUGGGCGGGACUUCUAGACGACGCUUGGGAGAAUGACAAGUGGGAACAGGAGAUGAACCGCCGGUUUGGCGACAACUAUUACGCUGCGGCUGAUGCGGGAAUGGAUUCGGACGACGACGGAGCCGAGGCUGGGAAGAAGAAGCCCAGAAAACCAAAGUGGGACGACGACAUCGACAUCAAGGACCUGGUCCCCGACUUUGAGGAAGAGGAGGCCCGGCCCAACAUCACCCUCUCGGAUGAGGAGGCCGGCCAAGACGGUCCGGACGAGGAGGAAGAAGAGGAGGAGGACGACGACCGGCCCUCCAAGAAGCGCAAGACGUCCAAGGACCACAAGAAGGACCGCGCGGACGCCAAGCGCGCGGCCCGCCAGGAGCGCGCCAAGAUCGAGGCCCUCGUCGACGCGCGCAUGGAGCUCGACGCCCCCUCGGCGCUCGCCGGCCCUUCUUCCUCCGCCGCCGGCGCCUCGGCGUCGGGCUUCCGCUACCGCGAGACGAGCCCGCAGUCCUUUGGCCUCACGGCCCGCGACAUCCUGCUCGCGCCCUCGGACGCCGCGCUCAACGAGUUCGCCGGCCUCAAGAAGCUCGCGACCUGGCGCGACGCCGAGAAGAAGCGCCGCGACCGCAAGAAGCUGGGCAAGAAGGCCCGCCUGCGCCAGUGGCGCCGCGACAACUUUGGCGCCGAGUACGAGGCCACGGGCCCCACGUUUGGCUUCGGCGACGGCGACGGCGGAAAGGGCAAGGGCAAGGCUGAGGCAUCGUCGUCAGGCCGUGACAAGGAUGAGGGCGGUAAGAAGAAGCGCAAGAGAUCCAAGGGCAAGAAGAGCGCCGCGUGA